AUGUACUUUCAGAAAACUGAGGAGCUUAGGUGGAAGCGCAACAGCGAAACUAGCGACGCGAUGGAUUUCCAUCCGACAUCAUGGGCGGACCUAGACCCCGACAAAUUUGAUGAAAUGCAAGAGUUGGCCCGACGCGGGGACUCUUUCACCCGCUUCAGAGCGGAGAAGAGGCGCGGGGCGCUGGUUAUCUCGGUGAGCAGUGCGACGCCAGGUGGUCCGCAUGUUUCGGCCGAAGCCAGGUGGUACGGGAUGGGCUCUGCUCUCUGCGACGAUAAGAAGACUUCGGAGACAUCGCAUCCCUCCUUUGAGCUCUACAAGAGAAAGACAUUCAUCCAGCGGCAAUCCGGAAAUUCGCUUGAGCAAACGACAUUCUUUGACGUUGAAAGCGAUCCCAACUAUGAGGGUGCGAACCCGGGAACAAUCACGAUUGAGGGGUUCGGACUCGAGUGCUGGGCGCUCAAGAUAACCUGGUGGGGGAAGUUUAUCCAGUCUGUUCGAGUCAGCACAUCCCCCAACCCGACGAUCCCUCUGGCCGGCCUCUUACGGAGGCUCGAUGAGCUGCGACGGAGCCCAGGGCUGCUGGGGCAGGAUUCAGUCCAGGAUGAGCUGGAUUUGAUAGAUCUUGUCGGGGACAUGGGCCGUCAAUAUGGGAUGCGAUCAUCUGGCCAUCAGCCAGGCUGGUGGAUUGAGAUGCUGUAUACUAAGCUAAAUAGGGCUGAUAUGUCCUCGCCAUUCAUUGAUGGCCGCACAGUGUCGGAGCGGUGGGCCGGCCCGCUUCAGCGUAGCGACCAGCAAAAGGAACUUGUCUUUCGGGAGAUACUUGUGGCGAAAGAGCUGGCGAGGCGGCUAGAUAAGUAUGGCGAACAAGCCACAAGCCAAGAUCUGACGCCUCAGAUACUGGGUGCUCUUAUUGCUGCUGAUCUCUGGGUUCAAAACGUGAGCAUUGUUCUUGGGGACAAGGACAUCGACACAGCGAGUCUCGCAGACCCCAUCACUCCCGAGGAAAGAUCUGAUGCCGAGGCGCUCAAAAGGCUAGGCAAUGAUGCGACUUAUGGACAUGACUACCCUCGUGCCUUGAGUAUGUACUCGCAGGCCAUCAAGAUCGAUUCGGGCAAUGCGAUUUACCGAAGUAACCGCUCAGCAGCGUAUUGCGCCUUGGACCAGUUCGAGGAAGCAGCUGAGGACGCAUAUAUAGCUGUCAAGAUAGACCCGACGUAUGCAAAGGCUUGGGCACGUCUGGGCAUGGCAUAUAUGAAGCUAAACCGUAGCAAGAAGGCUCGGAAGUGUUAUUCCCGUGCGGUUGAGCUGGCUGGCCCAGAUGUUACAGAGACCAUGAAACGAGGUCUCGCCGAGGCAGAAGCGAAAAUCAAGGCAGCUCUCGCAAAGGUCGCCGACGGAGAUAAAGUUACGCAGAGCCGUGCUGGAAAGGCCAUCCUUGACCAAGACUGGGAUCUAACAUUGAAGACAGUGAGAUUUCACUCGCUAGUCCACGAGCAGCAGGUGGCCGGACUUGUGUUGUUUGCGCAACAAAUGAACUGGCCCUACAUUGACGAAGUACGGGACUGCGUCGACAAGUUGUACAGUAGGAUACUGGCAGGGGAAGCCGUAUCCCCUCAUUUGCAAGACUGGAUUUAUGGCGUCGCACUCCCAGGGAAGUUCCUAGCCUUGACCAUUAUGUCUACGCUUAUUCUCUGCACGCCGUCUAUCAGCAAGACACUAAAGCUUUCAGCAUCCUGGGACUGGGGUCUGUCGCUGCCUCAGCAUUCGUACUGGCGCACUCGAACAGCCCUCGGCCGUGUCCUUGGAGCUCUUCCCGGAGUCAAAUCGCUCAAUGGCUGGAUUGGCCCCUGCCCGGCUGUUGAGUUCAUGCCCCCGGUCAAGGAUGCGGCAGGCCCAAGACAUAUCCAGCUCAAGGCCCAAGUAAUUCACUCACUGUGGUUCGAGAACGUUUGCCCAGGGGCCCCUCUGCCCAGAUUUGGGGCCGAAGACGACAGCUUCUUGUUCGCCGACGAGGAUAUAACGGAACCCGGACCCUACGACGACCGCGAUCUGUGGCAGGCACAGAUGAGCAAUCACGACUUCUGGAUCGUUCCCAUCACCCCAGGGCGGCGUCCAACCACUUGCGAGCUCAAAUCCAUCCAGCUAGAGCAAGUACCCAUCGACCGGGACCCGACGCACCUCCUGCCAAAGUGGCUGCAGGGGGUUGGCGUCGAGUCCAGCAUUCAAUGGGAAUACCGCGCGAACCUUGUCUUCCAACUCAGUAGCGAAAAGCCAGCGGUGAGAUAUACCCUCAACACGAACCCUGUUUUCGUCACUCUUCCACCGUGUAGCGGCGGUCCCCAUCGGGUCCAUAUGCAGGCGUUUGCGCGGUAUUCGCACUGGUAUACGGUGGAGAGGUUGAGACAUGAGCAGCCUCCAGCUCUUAUGCAGCCUGACCGCCCUUUUGUUGUGAAUGCAACGGGGAAGGGGGAGGAGCUGCUUGCGCGGGCGUGGUGCGCGCAGUGGGGGAGAAAUGCGGUGGUUCGGACGGAGGGAGGGCCGUGCUUCGCGUGUGCUGUACGAUCAGCUGGGAGAUCGGGACUGGGAUUUGGUGUGCUUAUUUGGGCUUGA